ACUUCGAAAAUAGAAAUUCAUUCUUGAGAUAAUUUGUAAUAUUUGUUGUAUUUUGGCAAGGCAGAAGAAUUUUGAAGAGCAACAAGAAAAAUGGUGUCAAGUGUGAAGUAUUUGCUGGCUGUUGUCAUUCUGGCCAGUGUGGCAUGCACGGCCUUCGCCCUCAAGUGCUAUCAAUGCGAAUCGCUGACCAACUCAAAGUGUGGCGAGAAGUUCGAAGCCGACGAUAGCCUCCUCCUGGACUGUGCCCGCAUCACCCCGCCACGCUUCCUGCAGAACUUCUUCCCUGUGCGCAAUGCCACCGGCUGCAUGAAGAAGACCAUCGAAGGACUGCCCGGCAAGCCGCAGAUUGUGCGCAGCUGUUUCUUCGGGGAUGUCAGCAACACCUUCAGCGGCUGCCAGUCCGAUCCUUCGCUGCCCUUCGUCAAGCAGCUGAGCUGCGAUGUCUGCAGCAAGGACGAAUGCAACAGUGCCGGCUCCCUGGCACCCAUUGCAGGCGCCAUCCUGCUGUUCUUCGGCGUCGCACGAGUGCUCUCCUAAGUCUGUCUCGGACUAAAUACUUGAACAUUCACAGAAGAAUCUCAAGAGCUACAUAUAAACAUACAUAUGCAAUACCUAUGUGUCUUAAAUGUUGUGCGCUUUAUAAAUACGAAAUGAUUUUAUUUUCUCCCCCCUUUUUGCAGAACAUACAAAUUUCAUAUUGCUACGUUAUUUUUUUAUAAAUCUUUGUACACCUGGCAAAGCAUUUUGCAACAAUAAAAUCGCUUAAUUUAUUCCCAAACCCA